UGUAGACACAUUUUUGUCUUGCUUGGCAAGCUAAACAGAUGUUUUCCCUCAAAGCUCACUGGUCAACACCACAUUGCAAUCAGAAAUAGCUAGCUACAUGUGAUUCUGUCAUUUCAAACUAUCUUAACUAUGUUGAUGGUUUGAUAGCCAGCAACUUUAUAUUUUGGGCACAUGUGGAAUACAAUGCCAUCUUCGAUGGAAGGAUCUUCUAGAGAAGGUGACCUGUUUACUGUGAAACAUGAGCUGAAAAAUGCCAACCUGACCGGCCACGUCGAGAGGGUGGGCAUCGAGAACUUUGAGCUGCUAAAGGUGCUGGGAACUGGAGCCUAUGGCAAGGUGUUCCUGGUGCGCAAAGUGAGCGGUCACGAUGCAGGGCAACUAUACGCCAUGAAGGUGUUGAAGAAGGCCACGAUAAUACAGAAGGCCAAGACGGCAGAACACACACGCACAGAGAGACAGGUUCUGGAACACAUCAGACAAUCACCGUUCCUCGUUACCCUCCACUACGCCUUCCAGACGGACACCAAGCUGCACCUCAUACUAGAUUAUGUGAACGGUGGGGAGCUGUUCACACACCUGGUGCAGAGGGUUCGGUUCAAAGAGCAGGAGGUAGCUUUGUACAGUGGAGAGAUAGUCCUGGCACUGGAGCAUCUACACCAGCUGGGGAUAGUCUACAGAGACCUGAAGCUGGAGAACAUCCUCAUGGACUCCAGCGGGCACAUAGUGCUCACAGACUUUGGCCUCAGCAAAGAGUUUGAUGAGUUGGAGAGGGCUUACUCUGUCUGUGGCACCAUUGAGUACAUGGCCCCAGAGAUCGUAGAGGGAGGAGAGGCUGGCCAUGACAUGGCAGUAGACUGGUGGAGCCUUGGGGUAUUGAUGUAUGAACUUAUGACAGGCGGAUCACCAUUCACCGUCGAUGGAGACGAGAACUCUCACACAGAUAUCGCCAAGAGGAUCUUGAAGAAGGACCCUCCAUUCCCCAAAGACAUGGGCCCUCUGGCCAAAGACCUCAUCCGGGGCCUCCUCAUCAAAGACCCAAAGAAGAGACUGGGCUCAGGGCCUGACCGAGCUGACAACGUUAAGAAACAUCCAUUCUACCAGAAGAUUAACUGGGAGGACUUAGCAGCUAAGAGGGUGCCCGCCCCGUUCAAGCCGGUGAUCAGGGAUGAGCUGGAUGUCAGCAACUUUGCGGAGGAGUUCACAGAAAUGGACCCCACCUACUCCCCUGCAGCUCUGCCUCAGAACUGUGACCGCAUCUUUCAGGGCUACUCGUUCAUGGCCCCCUCCAUCCUGUUCAAGUGGAAUGCUGUGAUGGACGACACACUACAGCUGUGUGGAGGAUCAGGGUCAGAGAGGCCGGGGUCUGCUGCUGUGGCCCGCAGCGCCAUGAUGAAGGACUCUCUGUUCUAUAUGAACUAUGAGAUGAACCUGAAGGACAAUGCUCUGGGCGAAGGCAGUUUCUCUAUCUGUAGGCAGUGCACCCACAAGAAGACUGGACAGAAUUACGCUGUGAAAAUCGUCAGCAAGAGGAUGGAGGCCCAGACACAGAAAGAGAUUGCAGCUCUGAAGCUCUGCGAUGGCCACCCCAACAUCGUCAAGACUCAUGAGAUAUACCAUGACCAGCUGCAUACGUACCUGGUGUUGGAGCUGCUGCGUGGUGGGGAGCUGCUGGAGAGGAUCCGGAGGAAGCAGCACUUCAGUGAGACAGAGGCCAGUCGCAUCAUGAGGAGACUGGUGUCAGCCGUCAGCCACAUGCACGAUGUAGGAGUGGUGCACAGGGACCUCAAGCCAGAGAACUUGCUAUUCACAGAUGAGAGUGAGAACUCGGAGAUAAAGAUCAUAGACUUUGGUUUCGCCCGACUGAAGCCCCCAGACAACCAGCUGCUGAAGACGCCGUGUUUCACCCUGGCCUACGCCGCGCCAGAGAUCCUCAAAUACGACGGCUACGACGAGUCAUGUGACCUCUGGAGCCUGGGGGUCAUCCUGUACACCAUGCUGUCGGGCCAGGUGCCGUUCCAGUGCCAGGGGAAGAGUCUGACCCACACCAGCGCUGAAGAGAUCAUGAAGAAGAUUAAACAGGGAGACUUCUCCUUCGAGGGAGAGGCCUGGAGGAGUGUCUCACAGCAGGCCAAGGACCUCAUACAAGAGCUGCUGACAGUGGACCCUGACAAGCGGAUCAAGAUGUGUGGUCUGAGGUCCAACGCCUGGCUCCAAGACGACAGCCAGCUCUCCUCCAGCCCUCUGAUGACGCCAGACAUCCUGGGCUCCUCCACCACCGGGUCCGUACACACCUACGUCAAGGCUACCUUCAACGCGUUCAACAAGUGUAAGCGGGAGGGUUUCCGUCUGCAGACGGUGGACAAGGCCCCGCUGGCCAAGAGGAGGAAGAUGAAGAAGACCAGCACCAGCACAGAGACCAGGAGCAGCUCCGGUGAGAGCACCCACUCUUCCUCCUCCUCCUCCCAGUCUCACCAGGACACCCAGUCCUCCUCCCAGUCCCACCAGGAGAAGACAGGGGGAGACACCAACCCUCCACCCCAGCCCUCCAACACCACCCCUGUCACUACACCCCUCGCCCUGAGCUCAGACAGCGACCCUGUCCCGGAACGCCCUUGCCCUCCAGCCUUCCACUUCUCACAGUGAGAGAGAGACAGACGGUGUAUUAUAGGGGAUCAGCCUGAGCAAGGCUCUGCGCAGAUCCGCUAAUCUUAAUUUGUAGGUCAGUCUUUCUGUGCAGUCACAUGCAGUAGAUCUCAAACAUGCACUGAGAAGAUGAGGUGAAGAAGGCGGGGGAAAAGACUGCGCUGUCAGAAAGACCAAUGGACAGACAGCAUGGAGAUCCCUCUAUCUCUCUCUCUCUCUCUCUCUCUUUCUCUCCUUCCAUGGCAGCUCGCAGUCAAUCACUCACAGUCAGUCACAUGCAUGGACAACAAGUGCACGCACGCCUCCAAACUGAGCAUGCAGCAGGAGCAGGAACCACCUCUCAAUCAUUGCUAGCAAUAGACACACACCAAAUGAAAAGGGCUGCCCUAUGGAUUCAGGGCUAGACAGCGGAGAGAACCUCCUACAACCACAGCUCUGUUUCAAUCAUGUCUUUUGUUUGUUUGUUGGUUUGUCUGGACAAUAGGUGAUAGUCCUGGUUGUGUUUCUUAGUUUUUUUUAUACUGGUGUAUUGCAUUACUUUAAAAAUGGAACAUUAAGCCACAAGUACUGCAGCUGAUCACAUUGGGAGGAACCUCUUGUUUUUAAGUGGAGCACAUAUUUUGCAGUAUUUAUAUAUGACAAAAAUGCAGACCGAAAUGAUUUCUUGUUUUUAUGUUAACUUAUGGUUCACAACUGUUUAUGAUAGAUGAUAUAUAUGCUCAGACCUACAACCUGAGAUCUAGAACCCUUGAGAUUUAGAACCCUUGAGAUUUAGAACCCUUGCGUUAAAGAGGCAGUUUCACCUCAUUGCAACAUGUUUCAAUGGUUUCAGGAUGAUUCAUAGAUAUUUCAAACUGCUCUCAUAAUGAGAUCAUGAUGCAAUUGUUUGUUGACCUGAUCAGAUCAUGUAAUCAUGUAUUUAUGGGGGUUUUAUCCAACGCGUGUGGACUUGGACUAGUGUACAUUCAACCAAAUAAUUUCAUCAUUAUCAGAUAGAUGAAGAUGCUUGUUUUACCUGAGGGCCAAUAGGCUAAAACGGGCGCUAUGCUAGUAAAGCCUGAGCUAUGCUAUGUGUUUACCACUGUAGCGAUAGCACAAAUGUUAUUAUGGCUGUACAGUAGCUUGUUCAGCCUCGAUAUGAUGGAGGCCUAGUCAGUGUUUUGCUGUGGAUUACAAAUAGUAGGGUAGGAUCCUCAUAUACAUUAACUUGUCUUGAAGGAGGCAGGGGAGUUACAAGUACUGUGCCAAUAAUCUCUGCCUUUUCUACAUUAGAUGCUGUCACUUGCCCAUGUGUAUGCGUCAGACUAGAGAUAUAUAUAUACAUACACUACCGUUCAAAAGUUUGGGGUCACUUAAAAAUGUCCUUGUUUUUGAA